UAGUUUUAGGAGUCGCUGACUCCUGUCCGAAGGAAUUUGCUCGACCUCCUUAUUGUCACACCAUCCAAUGCGCUUUACUUCCGCCGAUCUCGUUUCUUUAUCCGCUAGUUCUCGGGAUCUCAGCCAGUGGCUAUCCGCUCAGGCAGCGAAGAGUUACAUUUUACGAGUUUACAUGGACGAUUUCCAGCGUAUCGCGUCGGGUCGAGUGUCGCGCAGCAAGCAAGCAUUGCUAAUUUCACAUGGCACGCGUAAGCGUCGAUUCGUCCCUCCUGGUUCCUGGACGACUCCCCGUGUGCUGCAAAAAGCCAGCCCACAUGCAAUGCAACUCCUUCAUGUGUCGACGUCAGGUUUUCGUGAAUCCCUUACGCGAGUGCGCGAUCCCGUGGCCAUACCGUCGCCCUAUCACGUGACGACGACGUUCCGAAAUAGAUGCGGACUGACUCAUCCAGAUUUCAGGCAGCAAAUCUCCCGCCAAAAGCGCCGCCUCUUCGCAGAUCCGUGAGGUUCUCGGCCUCCAAUUGAACCCUCCCCUCCGCCCACCCAUGCUCAACAUGAGCGUGCACCCGAGCGUGCUGCCAUGGAGCGACAGCGACGCACCAUGUCGCAAAAUCAUCGCCUCGUCGGCAUGAUUGUCGUUCGCGGGCCGAAGCGUGCGAGCUCUGUCGUUGCAGCAGCUUGCCCUUGCCUGAACCAGUGGUUCAGUCGUCCUCCUCCUCCGCCUCUAAGCCAGCCAGUGGUUUGUCCGGGCUUCCAGUCAGGAGAAGGUACUACUAGUACUAUUAAUACUCGUAGUUUUAGCGUCUGCUCUCGGUCUUUUCCGGACUGUUUCUUCUGCACCUGUUGGUUCACAGCACGGCAACCAGUAGCACCUGUCAGUAGGGCUGUAAUCUGAGGACCCAUGGAUAGCAGACCUGACAGCUCGGUUGCAGCGGCCGGGUCUACCGCGCCGGAAUCGUCUCCAGUGAUUGGAUCUUCUGCCCCGGCCGGGAUUUACACCUCAUCCGCCACAUCGGCUGGUGCUGGGGAGUCUCCUGCCGCUGCAUCAGCGGAAGCCCCUUCUCCUGCCGCUGCAUCAGCAGCCACCGGCGGAUUUGCAAGCUCUGGCCUCUUCGGACCUUUCCAAAUCGAGCCUGACUUGAAUCUUCCCUCGUCUGGUUUCGGUUGGUCCCUUGGAGGUGCUCCGUUCGGCAGCUUUAACUGCGUCCUUACCCGAACCUUCGCCUGUAACGGAGUUCGUGUCCCCGUUACAAGCACCCGCGUCUAUGGCUGUAGUACCCCCGUUACAAGCACCCCCGUCUAUGGCUGUAGGAGGGGUGGGAGGAGUUGAGGGAGGAGAGGAGCGAGGAGAGGAGGGCGGAGGAGGAAGAGUGGAGUGGGCAGUUGGGGAGAGGGAAAGCGUGAGAGAGGCGGUACGAAAACCCAGUGGGGCGGACGUUAAGAGAAUAUUUUUGCAAAGAGGGAGAGGGGGAAGGAGGAGUGGCAGCCGCAGGAAGCAGUAUCGGGUGCUGCCGAGUGAGGCAGAGCUGAAGCAGGCUCCUGCUGAUAGGGAAGGGGGAGGAGGGGGAGGAGGGGGCGGAGGGGGAGGAAGAGGAGCGGGAGGAAGAGGAGGGGGAGGAAGAGGAGGGGGAGGAGGAGGGAGCGAAGGAGUGUUGAGGCCGGGUGGUCAAGAGCAGGAGAGCUCGGUAUGCCUAGAGAAGCAGUCAGGCUCUCUGGAGGUGCAGAGGAUACAGCAGCAGCAACAGCAGCAGCAGCAUCAGGAGCAGUAGGAGCAGCAACACUACCAACAGCAGCAGCAGCGGCAGCGGCAGCAGGAGCUGGUGAUGCAACAGACGCAGAAGUAGUACCGUUUCUGUGGCAAGGGAUUUGACACCUCGCGGGCGCUGGGCGGCCACAUGAACAUGCACUGGCGAGGUUAGUUCGUGCCAUUGAAUUUUG